ACAAGUACAUGUAGUUGGAAAAUUAAAUUUAUAGGGAUAUAUAACUUAUAGGCUAUCAACAUUAGCGAGUGCUUUUGAAAUUUUAACCGUGUUUCCUUAUACCCACCACCAAUCUAAUAUCAGAUGAUGUGGAUAUGUUCGACAUACUUAGUAUGUACUCAUCCGUUUUUAAAUUUACUUCGACAUCGAAAUCGAACUACGAGACCUACGAAGUCCAGAAUCCACUUUCAGAAACCUCAGGUAUCAUUAUAGGUAGGUAUCAAUCUCUAGACAUAAAACUAACUAAACCAGUUUAUCCUCUUCACCUAUCGCUGCACGAAUCCCCUUCCUUGUUACUUGGCUUAAGCCUUUUCAACUUUAUUUUUCCCAAUCCCAGCUCCAGCUUUGUCCAUGUUAUCUGUGCGCGGCUGGUUUACAUUUUAAAACGAUUUUAUACAUAAGUGUAAUAUUUGUAUGCAUACACACAUCAGUAUUCGUUUUAUUAGGGCUACUUAUAGUAGCCUUAGUUUUAUCUAUCAGUAACACCAACACCCGAGACCAUAAAAAUACAUACAGUGGUGAGAAAAUUAUUAGACUUGGACGAUUUUUUGCUACUACAUAAACAGAUUCUUGCAAUUUUAUCGGGAGCAGUUUGCUUGGUCAAGAAGCAUUCAUUCAUGUCAUAAAAUUUUUUUGAGCUGUAGAAUGAAAUUUCGCGAAUUCAGUGAAAAAUAAUAGAGGUUGAAGCAACAAUCCGAUGGCUUUCCUUUGUCCUGUAAGGAUUAGACGUGGGAAAAAAAAGAAAAGUAGCACCGGAGAUGUGGAAACAAAGGAACUACGAAAUAAUGCCUUCACAGGCAUGGGUCGAAUCACUGGCAGUGCCUCCAUUGAAACACUAGUCCGAGUAGGAAUAGAAAAAGAAAAUGGCUUAUCCCCCGACAGUAAAAUGAUAGUGCUACACGAUUUCACUCCCUGCGUUGAUGAUGAACUACAAGUAAAGAGGGGACAGGUAGUUAAUAUUUUGUAUCGAGAAAACGAUUGGGUUUAUGUUAUUGCCGAAGAUUCAAGAUUAGAAGGAUUCAUUCCACAUUCAUAUUGUACCCCAUACAAUUCGCAUUUAGGUGAAUUAGCACUCAACAACUUGAAGAAAAAAUUACCUCGCGAGCAAUUCAACAAUUCAAAUGAAGUAGAAGUUGAUAUUAGUAUUGAAAAUCAGCAAGAUGGUUCGGACAACGAAAGUUUCAACAAAAAAGAUAGAAAUCAAAAUAAUCAACAACCUCGCAUAAGCAUAACCAGCUCACAGGCAUCUUUACACAGCACAUCAUCAUCACAACUAGAAAUACAUCCUUUCUUCAAGGAUCCCUCUGGACGAUUUAUCGUCCUAUACACUUUCAUUGCUCGUGACGAAAAUGAUGUAAGCGUUGAAAGAGGAGAAUUUAUAACUGUAUUGAAUCGAGAAGAUCCUGACUGGUAUUGGAUUAUCAGGAGUGAUGGUCAGGAAGGUUUUGUACCAUCUGGUUUUGUAUACCCAGCUGAUGUAUUGCAAAAUCACUUGAACCAAAGUAAUCAAAUCACAGCAUCUACUGCCAUACCUUACAACAGUAAAGUUUCCAAAAUUGGAAAUUCACUACCAUUAAAUAAUACCAUUAUUCAAAAUUCUUUGAAUCCUGCGGUACAAUCGUGCAAUCCUAAUGCACAUCAAACAACUAAUGUAAAUGAAGAAAUGCCAUAUCACGGAACAGAACUCGUGAUGUUGUAUGAUUACAAGGCGCAAGCUCCUGAUGAUUUAUCAGUAAGAAGAGGGGACUGGAUUUAUGCUGAUUUUAAUACACAAAAUUUGGAUGGUUGGUUAUGGGCAUAUGCCCCUAAAACCAGAAAAUGUGGUUUUAUUCCAAAAGCUUACGCAAGACCUCCAGCUAUGACUAGUCUCUAAAGCUGUAAUUACAACUUUUAAAUCAAAGCAUUUUUAUAUUUUUAUUCAAAGGCUCAAAAAUGGUUAUUCUAUUAAACCUUAAUAAGUAUUUAUCAAAAAAAUCUUAUAUGCAAAUUUUGUGUUUUACAACUCAAUAGGGAAAAAAAUACUAGUUAUGAAUUAAUCAACAACACUGCCCAGUGCUUAUUCAAAGUCGAACUCACAAAAUACGAACUCAUUUACCUGAAAAAUGAGUAGCCUACUAAUGAAGAACCUCCUCACAGUAGUAAACUAAAUGCUAAGUAUACACAUUUCAUGUCUUCUACCUCAAUCAUUGCGUUUCUUGCAUAAAAAAUUUCAAAUUGCAGAAUUGCGAUUCCAAUAAGAGAUUAGUUUUGCAGGGUCAUUCUUCAGUAUACAUACUAAAACGAGCAUUCACUUCGAUUAAACUUUACAUUUUACGGAAAUAUUUCGUUCGUCGUGUUU